AUAACUCAAGUUCCAUCACAAGAUUGAACAGUGCAAAAAUCACAGCAAAAUUGAAAAUUUUCUCUGCAACUUUUCCAUUUUUAUUAAUAUAGCAACCCAAGUCUUCAUAUUGAUCUUCAUAAACCAUCUUAUCUUUAUCCCAACCUACAAAAUCUUUCCCAAGCAGAGAAAAAAAUGAUUGGAUUUCAGGAUUUGUACAGUGUUUUGACUGCAGUUGUUCCUCUUUAUGUUGCCAUGUUCUUAGCUUAUGCAUCUGUGAAAUGGUGGAACGUCUUCACCCCAGAACAGUGUGCCGGUAUCAACAGGUUUGUCGCCAUCUUCGCCGUCCCGCUUCUCUCCUUCGAGGUCGUUUCCCGGGUGAACCCUUAUAGAAUGGAGCUCCUUUUCAUUGCUGCUGAUGGGGUCUCCAAAGUUCUGAUACUUGUUGCUCUGUUUUGCUGGGCAAAUUUCUUCAAGAAAGGGAGCUUGGAUUGGGCUAUCACCCUGUUUUCCCUCUCAACUCUCCCCAAUACUCUUGUAAUGGGAAUCCCACUUCUGAAAUCAAUGUAUGGGGAUGAUAAGGAAGGAAUCAUGAUUCAGGCUGUGGUUUUGCAGUGCAUAAUUUGGUAUACUCUGUUGCUGUUUCUGUUUGAGUACAGAGAAACAAGAAUGUUUGUACUUAGUAAGUUCAGAGAAGCUGGGACCUGUGGUAGUAGUACUGAGGAUGAAAUCAAGAGCACACCUACUUCUCAAAAUGUUAACAAAGUAGCUCCUGAUUCUCAAAAGUCUAAGCCUUUAGCUGCAGCUGUUAAGGAGGGACAAGGGAGAGAGGUUCAUCUGUUCAUUUGGCGGUGUGGGUGCUGCAGGAAGGCAGAUGAGCAGAAUGGUGUUUGUGGGCAGACAGGGCAGGGCUGCCAAAGGGAAGAAAGGAAUGCAAAGGUAAUUGCAACUGAAAAAUUAGUGGCAACUGAGAAUGUUGAAGCUCCUCCUCCUCCUGGAUCUUCUUCUUCAGGGAUGCUCUUGGAAAUACUGAAAAGAGUUUGGCUCAAGCUUGUGAGGAAUCCGAACUCUUAUGCAAGCUUGUUUGGUCUAGUAUGGGCUUUAAUUUCUUGCAGAUGGGGUAUAAAGAAACCCCAAAUAAUGGAAAAUUCAGUCACGAUAUUGUCCAAAGCAGGUCUUGGAAUGGCCAUGUUCAGCCUUGGAUUAUUCAUGGCUCUGCAACCAAAAAUCAUAGCCUGUGGGAAGAGGCUGGCUGGCUAUGGAAUGCUUGCUAGAUUUGUUGCCGGUCCAGCACUAAUGGCGGUAGCAUCUUUAGGUGUUGGCCUCAGAGGCACCAUUUUAAAAGUCUCCAUUAUACAAGCUGCACUUCCUCAAGGAAUUGUACCCUUUGUAUUUGCUAGGGAGUACAAUCUGCAUCCUGAAGUGUUAAGUACAGCGGUGAUAUUUGGCAUGAUAAUUUCUCUACCCAUCACAAUACUAUACUACAUCUUAUUGGGUAUCUGAUACUGGAGAAAUGAUCGAAAACAAGCGCGGAAGAUCCAGCAAUCUUCUUUAUUGAUCUUAGUACAAAAAAUAGCAAUUAUGGUUCUUCAUUUUAGAGUUUCCAAGUCACUUCAAGGUUUUUUGAGUUUUAUGUAUGUUUUCUUGGGCAUGCAAUAUAGAUCACCGAUUUCCGUCUCUGUUAUGAAAGUAAUACCAUACAUAUUGAACAUGGUAGUUCGUAGGACACAGAGGAGAAGGAACCACAAUGAUAUUAAUGGUGCUGGAUCCAUGGCGGAGGUGAAGGAGAGACAUAUAUGAAUGUGUUGCUCAUGCUAACAUGGCAUGUUGGGGGGAUAACAAGACAUGUAGGGUCCAAUUUAUUCUAUCAAAGCAAAGUUUUGAUUUUUCAUGGAAAGGGUUUCAGAUGCCUCAUCACAAGCAUCUGCUUUACAUUGUAGAUGUUUUCGUUUUGAAUAUUGACCUUAAGCAGGCACAUGUAUAUGCCCAAAACAAUGUCAUUGACAUUGAUUGUCA